CCCAUGACGCAUUUCCGGUCGAACUACUUAUAGCGAUAUAAGAGACACAUAUACUCAACAAUAACAUUGUAUUGCUUUCCCUAUACUGUCUGUGUCCCGUCAUUUACGCAUUGAAGAAACCAAGCAACCCUUGGCCAGUGUCACGGUCACAAAAAUGUGGUCCUUUAUGGUGGCGUUUCUACUGGUCGUCGCCAGCGCAGAAUUUGUACCAGAAUAUACAACAGAAUCUAUACCAGAAUAUCCCAACUCGACUGACGAACUGCGAACCAUAAGUACAAAUGCACCAGAGGAUGGCAAUUUUACUCUGAAUAAUUUGACAUCAGAAGAAAACACGGCCAACACAACAUCGAAUCAAACCGCGUUUGAAUUGAUCAUGGAAGCGAAUUCCGAUGUUGGUGAGUUAAUAAUAACCUAUUGCUAUUCAUAAACGUUUCAGAAAGUGCAUAAUGUUGCAUAGGAUUAGAUUAUAACGAACGAUACGUGCAGAUCUUCGUUUCUGUUCAAAGGCGUUGAAAUAUACGCCGGAAUAGGCUGCUAUUGGCCCAACGGUUCGUCCGUAUUGAAAAACCGCAUAAAUCGCGCUUUUGUUCGACGCAUUUUAUGUUACGCUGCCGGGAAGCAAUCCAACAUAUCGUUGCGCGAGUGCGCGUUUGCGCAAACAUGUACGCGACAAAAACGCGCUUAUCUUUUGCUUAUGCAAAUAUGCGUGACGGCUUGUAUGUCGAUGAUUCAACUUAGAAUUGGCAGAAACGCGUCUGAUUAAAAAGUACGUUAUCCUCGAAGGGAAACCGGGGCUAUAUGAUUAGAAUUUCCUGCUUCGUAGACCGGCGCAUAUAAACCGCAGCGCAUUUUUUCAAUUGCGCUACGAAGAGCAUUUAGAACUCAUGCAUUCUUCUCACCCGCUGCGGAUGGUCAACCUCGAGUUUCAAAAAUUCUUUCAUGUAAAACUAAAAUUAUAAAAUUUUAAAUGCAAGCUAUAUACCUCUGUUUUUCAAUUUAUUUCUACUCGGAUAUCGCAUAGUAUAAUAAAAAGCGCGGAGACACCGUUUUUAUAGUAUUAAAAAAGUUAAUGUUUUUUUACACAGUUUGAUUCGUGUUGUGCUUUGGAUAUAAUAACAUGAUUAAUUAGUAUCAUGGUUCAUUUAUGUGAGGAUCAUGAUCUCAUCUGUACUGAAAAUUUUGCAUUAAUUUGAGGUUUCUUGUGACAGAAGUUUGAUCAUUCUUAAAGCAGACGCCUUUUAAGAGAUUGUGGAGGGUUAGAUUUAAAUGAUAUGGGUUAAACAGCACGAAUGCACGACACAGAGCAUAGGAAUACAAACACUGUCUAAUUACAGGAUUUGUUAAAUUAUAUCUCGUAUUGGUAAAGCGAUUAUGUUCGCCAUUUGGUCCAUGCCAAGCACGUGAGUCCAGCGUAGGUAGUAUUCUACAAUAAGCUGCCGUGGUUUGUGUCUGAACUACCUGAAAAAGAUAUCUCAAACGUGGUGGUCCAGUGUAGGUAGUAUUAAAGCUGAACUACCUGAAAAAGAUAUCUCAAACGUGGUGGUCCAGUGUAGGUAGUAUUAAAGCUGAACUACCUGAAAAAGAUAUCUCAAACGUAGUGGUUCAGUGUAGGUAGUAUUCUACAAUAAGCUGUCGUGGUUUGUGUGUGAACUACCUGAAAAAGAUAUCUCGAACGUGGUGGUCCAGUGUAGGUAGUAUUUUACAAUAAGCUGUCGUAGUUUGUGCAUGUCUCAACUACCUGAAAUAGAUAUCUCAAACGUGGUGAUCCAGUGUAGGUAGUAUCCAACAAUAAACUGUCGUGGUUUGUGUCUGAACACGGUUAAUAGAAAUAGGAACCGUGGUCUGAACUACCCGAAAAAGAUAUCUCAAACGUGGAGGUCCAGUGUAGGUGGUACUAAUGCCAGCGAUUUUCGAAUAUUAUGACCUUUAAUUAUUUAGACAAACAAUAAAGCAGAAUACACAUAUUGGUCGUUUUAAUCUUAAUCCUUGUGUGGAAUUUAUCUAGGACGUUUAGGAAUGUAUUUAUUAAACUAAACAUGCAAAAGACUAAACUAACAGUCUUUCCUACUUUGAGAAAAAAGCGUUACGGAUUUAGCUAGUUUACUUUUUGCAUUUUGAAAAACAAGUAUAGACGCGCACGCCCUUGAGCUGUAUUCAGAUUAUAUUUGCUCAAUGACGCGUUUUGAAAUUUUUGCGCAAACUUUAGUGCAUACCGCAAGGGCAAUGAAUGAACAUUUAGUGCGUAUGUAAUGAUGUUAUGUCUUCGAAAGAUUCUUGAAUAUCAAACAUAUAGACAUUAUAGUAAACAAUACACUAUACAAUGCUUAUUUAUGGUUUUCCCAGACGAAACAAGGUGUUUAAUAGGUACUUUGCACGCGCUUUAUUAAUGAUGGCUUUUAUAGCAGGGAUGAAAAUGAGUUAGAAUUCACGCCAGCCUAAACUUCGCAACGCUUUACAGCAGGUAAAUGGAAUUCUAGCUAUGUAAAACGCCAGGCAAGGUUGCACACUUAUGCUCCCUCCCCCCCUCCCCCCCCUCCCCCAUGUGACUGCCCGCCUGGAAGAUUCGAACAAUUUCAUCCAAUAAAAAUGUGCAAAAGAUGUGUUGCCUAAAGUGCUUAUACCAAUAGAUACAAUGUAACAGUUUUCACAGAGAUAACGCAAUUAGAGCAAUUAGUAGGUAGCGCAAAGAAGCGCAAAGUAGCGCAAAUUAUGCUUAAUGACAGCUGUGCGCGCUAAUUAUUCCUCGAGAACUGUGAGUAAUGAGAGCGAUGUUUUCCCGAGGUAACAACUAGGGAACGCAAUUGAUCUUUGAAAUUAAACUAACUGUAUUUAGACUGGAUAGCUCUACCAGUUCCAAACUGUUCUUCCUAGGGGUCCAGUAAGGAUCAUCGCUUAUUGACCCAGUGUUACUACAGGAGGGAACCUAAACUAAACUAACUUUAUUUAUACUGGAUAGCUUUACCAGUUCCAAACAGUUCUUCCAAAAGGUCCAGUAAGGAUCAUCUCUUAUUGAUCUAGUGUUACUACAGGAGGAAACCGUAACUAAACUAACUUUAUUUAUACUGGAUAGCUCCACCAGUUCUUAACUGUUCUCCCAAGAGGUCCAGUAAGAAUCUUAUCUUAUUGGUCUAGUGAUAAUAUAUAAGCUAAUGAGCCGCGAGAAUUUUUUGCACACGCUAAUAUCGAUUUGAAUAAUGCCCUCCCAGGUCGACUUGAUAAGCUAGAAAGUAAUAUGUCAACCUGUAUAUAUAUUUGAGAAAGUGUGCCAAAACAAGAAUAUAAAUUUAAAAGGCGAAAUCGUCUGCGCUAACCAAGAUAACAGAUUUAACUCUUGAGGCUGUUCUCUUCAGGGUAGUUUUUAAAUGUAGAAAUUUAUUGACAACUCCCCAUUGGGAUUUUUCAGUGACAAUUACGCUAAUCUCUGAGAUAUGUCACUGUCAGAUCAAUGACUGAAAAAAAAAUCCGAAAUUGGAUGGAUAUUUUUUUUAAAAGGGAAAGUCCUAUUUUAAAACAAUGAGGCAUUAUACUUAAGUCCGCUAAGCGCAUGGAAAUGUUUAUUUUAUUUAGAUAAAGGCGUUUUGCAAAUGUUUGCAUUUCAUAGCCGAUUAUAUGCUAUGACAAAUAUUUUAAAAAGUUUUUCCAACUUUUGACAAAGACAUUUAUUCGGUGCAGGUGGCACAAUAAACACGCGCAGCCCUGAAAAUAUUCUCUCAAAAUUUUGUGGAAAUUUUACGACCUAUGUCUAUGAAAAGCAAAAUAAGCAAGCUUGUUGUCUGCUUAUAUCUAGUUUUUCUGUGCGCUAUAAUUGGCCCGUUAAUCCAUUGUUAUUUAUCAAAACAAUCUUGAAAUUAUCACUUUUAUCUUUUUGGCUGACAAAAGAGUGUGUUGGUGGCCCAGCAGUUGUUAGGCAAGUACAUUUACAUUUCUGCAGUACGCUUACUGGACCUCUUGGGAGAACAGUUUAGAAGAGAUAGAGCUAUCCAGUAUGAAUAAAGUUAGUUUAGUUUAAGUUUCCUCCUGUAGCCUAGUAACACUGGAUCAAUAAGAGAUGAUCCUUACUGGACCUCUAGGGAGACCAAUUUAGAACUGAUAGAGCUAUCCAGUGUAAAUAAAGUUAGUUUAGUUUAGGUUUCCUCCCGUAGUAACACUGUGCACAGAUCAAUGAGAUAUGAUACUUGCUGGACCUCUAGGAAGAACAGUUUCGAACUGAUAAGAACUUUCCAGUAUAUUAAAUGAAGUUAGUUUUAAUCAGUGAUUUUUAUUACGAAUCAUCUCGAAUAUCACUACACUAGUCCAGUUAAAUUUUGCCCAGUGAGCAUGUUUGUAUUCUAUUAUCGCGCACAAGGGGUGUCAGACGCAAGCACAAAUAAAUUAUCAUCCGCGGCACAAUCAACAGUUCUAUUUAAGGGAUGGCUGUUGCUGGAACUCUCUAGUCUAGAGAACAUAGCUAUCCAGUAAAAUAAAGUUAGUUUGCGUUUCCUCCUAUAGUAACACUGGAUCAAUAAGAGAUGAUCCUUACUGCACCUCUAAGAAGAACAGUUUAAAACUGAUAGAGCUACCCAGUAUAAAUAACGUCAGUUUAGUUUAGUUUAAUUUUUCACCACCAAUUAUUCAUAUCGGAUCUAGUUUUCACCACCGUAAUUUCUGAAAGGAAAGAUCGCUAAUAAUAACAUCCAUUCUCACAUCACAGGGUUCUCCUUUCGUCCGGAAACUCUUUUGAAGAAUUUGAGAAGUUCCUGCCAGUGAAGUGUGCCUGGUAUAUUAUAAAAUUCAUGUACUAAUGAUUCAAUCGACUGUCGCAGCAGCGCGCAUCAAAUGGAAAAUGGAAAAUCGUUCCGCAACGCGACUCCAUUUCCCUUGCUCCCUCCAAAACGCCUCUGGGCAGCUCAGGACCACACUGUUAGGAUGCAUAAAUGGCGCAUUGCGCAGUUUAUGCAUUGACAGGCAUGUGGAGACGCAAUUUUUAAUAGCAGCCAACGUUGCGCAAUUUUUUUGUUAAAUUAACACACAAUGCGUCAAGUAUGGUUUUUCCUUUAUCUGCAUACAUCGCGUGUUUUCGUGAUACGUUGCACGAUACGCAGUAAAAAAUGUGCUCAUUAAACUCAACGUUAUCUAAAUCAGUGACAAACUACGGCCCAAAGUGAAACACUGAAACUAAUUAUCAUAAUUUGCGUCAGUGCUUUACUUUGUUACGGGAAGAUAUGAAAAUGUUCUUCAUUCCACAUUCAAAUAUAUUAAAGAAAUAUACAACCCCUUUGAAAGCUGUAAAAAAAUUAGAUAAAGUGAAUCACAGAACAAAAUAUAUCGCACUUUAGUCUUUACAUGGCUUCAAUAUUCCUAGUAAUAUUCAGGUGUUUAGCAUAUAGUUUGCGCUUUAUGCUAAUUUCUUGGUACAAAGCUAGGUGAUAAUAACCCGGCCUGAUAAUAACCAAAUAUAUAAAAUAUACAAUUUAACCAACGGAGUUUUGGGCGACUCUGUUGAAGGAAUAUUUCAUCAUUUGAUUCUAAAAUAUUUUUAAAUUUACUUUAUUUGGUGUGAGGCUGGCCCACAGCAAUGUUAAAAGUUCGAAUUAUUUAAGGAACAAAACACGGCACGCGACCUUGGAAACAGAAACCCCCAAUCUUGCUUAAUCCACAUGUCAUAAUUCUAUUAAUUCGCGUACCUCAUUUGCAUAAUUCACAACUCAUUUGCAUAAUUCACGCAUCAUUUGCAUAAUUCACGCAACAUUUGCAUAAUUUGCGUGGAAUCCGUUGACUCCCAAACGAAAUUUUUUUUAACGAAAUUACUAUGAACAGACUGAACUUGGCAACAAUGAUUGCGCGGAAAGGCGAGAGGAAAAGCAAAAAUUGUUGAACAUGUUGAAACGCAGCAUGAACCAUGGAGGCUCGAUGAAGGAUUACAAAUACAACCAAGACGGAAAUCUCAAGCUAUGAUAAAAUAAAUCAAACUACAUGCUUAGCAGGUUACUGGCGCUAUAGGCGCACGCGACCUAACUUUAUUUAUGCUGGAUAGCUGUAUCAGUUCUAAAUUGUUCUUCCUAGAUGUCCAGUAAGUAUCAUCUCUUAUUGAUCCAGUGUUACUACAGGAGGAAACCUAACUGAACUGAACUAACUUUAUUUAUACUGGAUAGCUCUAUCAGUUCUAAAUUGUUCUUCCUAGAUGUCCAGUAAGGAUCAUCUGUUAUUGAUCCAGUGUUACUACAGGAGGAAACCUAAACUAAACUAACUUUAUUUAUACUGGAUAGUUCUAUCAGUUCUAAAUUGUUCUUCCUAGAUGUCCAGUAGAUUAAUUAAGACGAGUUGAGUUGAUGUAAUAUUUACACGCAAACAAAACGUGGGAUAGGUAUGAGAGAUAGGAUCAUCUCUUAUUGAUCCAGUGUUACUACAGGAGGAAACCUAAACUAAACUAACUUUAUUUAUACUGGAUAGCUCUAUCAGUUCUAAACUAUUCUCCCUAGAGAUUCAGUAAGGUCUGUCUUUUAUUGCUUCAGUGUUACUACAAAAGGAAAUUCGAAAUAAUAUUAUUUAUUCUGUGUGCCUAUCAGUUCUAAAAUAGGUCAUUCCUAUCCCACGUUUUGUGUGGGUGUAGAUAUCACAUCAACUCGUCUUAAUAUACUAAGUCAUAAAAAAUGUAUUUUAGAUUCAAACUAAUUAUCUUUGACUUUCGAACCCUCGUCGAUCCUUACAUAUUUGAUUCCCUUCCAAAAACUCUUGAAAUUAUCCAAACAGCCGAACUUAAAUCUGCUAAUUUGUGAAACUAUACGUUAACGUUGGCCAGGGAUACGCUUUUGUUUUUGUACAUAUUUGGAAAUAAAAUCCUGUUUAUGUAAGCUAGAAAUCUAGAGAUUUCUGGAAUAACUGCAGGAGAAGUGCGUAAACAGUUUUCAUCGUUAUAAGUGAUUGUUUUUAUUGAAUUAUACUCCGUCAAUUUCUACUGACGUCAUUUAUACAAUUUGCGAGGUGCGACACAUUCAAAUUUGACCCUUUUUCAAUUGACCCUGGCAUUGUGUGUGUUUCACUGUUUCCCCCUCUUUUUUUUAACAGAGAUUAUGGCAAAAAUUGCAAAGCUUAUCACUUAUUGCAUGUGCGUUUCACCACGAUUCUAUUCCUGCAUAAAAUGUGGAAGAUUUGUGAUUUUUCUGAGUAUAGGACGUGGGCUGACAAUAGGGAGUUUAAGCUUCACGUUUCCGAGAACGGCAAACGGCGGGUUCGAAUUUUCUUGGCAAAAAUUUUCGUUGAACGUUUUCGUUUCAUAUUUUCUUUCUUGCGUCGAAAGAAUAAUUAUGCAUUUCGGUUUUAAAGCAGCAAGUUCAUUUACUCUUUAUUGCCUGAUACCGUGAAAUUUUUCUUCGCCUGCCGUUUGACGUAUAACGCGAAGCUUAAACCCUCUAAUAUAAACAUGAGCUCAAUGAAAUCUCUAGCAGAGACUAAGGGAUUGCUGUGAGCGCUUCAUUUUAAGAGAACCUUGAAACUAGAUUGCAUUCAGAGCACUUUUGAUCAGCAGUGUGCAACACAUAUCUAUCGACAUGUGUCUAGAUAAUUUGUUAGUUUGUUCUGUGAGCACUCCCAACACUAUUGUGUUACAGGUAAAACAUAAGGAAUGUGGGAGAUUUCUUCAAAUUGUCUUCAUGUGGGAGGGAGAUGGUUAAUGACUCCAAAGUCUUCCGCCAGAUGCGGGAGACUUGGUAGGUCUGCUAUUCCUUUUUGUAGAUAGAGUAUUUGAGCGCAAAGUUAUACACAUUUCAUACUGGCAUCGCUCAUAACAUAUACAUGAUUUUGUGGUCAAUGAAUGGCAUGCUUAGCAACUAGUCUAUGUAGUGUAUCUCAGUUGGUUACAGCGCUGCACCGGAAUCGUAGGGCCGCAUUUUCAAUUCCUGCCAGAGGGCAUGGUUGCAUUUUUCCCAGCUGCUCGUUCUUUAAUAGGUGGCUUAGGUCUAGAAUGUAUAUAAAUUUGCUUACGAAAAUUACAUCGACAAAAAACGCAUCUACACUAAAUCCUGUCUGUCACCAUAUUUUAGCAUAAAAAACGUAAGCUUCGUCGAACGAGAGUUGAUAAGAUUUUGUAGUCACGCAUUGUUACAGGGGACAUUUCAAGCUCUAGAUUCAACAAAAUAAAGGUUUGACGAGUGUUCCAACUAUGUUUUAACUUCAAUAGAAUACAUGGUAGUGUUGGAAAAGCAUUAAAAACAGCUAACCAAGCUCGUGUGACUAUCAACUCUUAUCUCUUUUGAUCCGGGUCAAGUAUAACAUUUCUAAAGCACAAAAAUGGUCUCUAAACUUUCCCACGGGUAAAUGUUAUUACAGAUCCUAGACUAUGCCUCUUUGUUUUCGUACGGAUGCUUUUUAUGCAAAUUAAGCUCUCGAAGGAUGUUUUAUUGCGCGUUGCUUACGCAAAAAUAUUGUUAGUGUAAAGACGGUGCUUCCGUAAGUGUCUCAAACGCGCCGCAACCAACAGGGGGCUCGCCCGAUUAAAUGCUGGGUUCAACCGUGAUGGCUUUUCCAUCUGUCAAACGAAAAUAUCGAAUCCGGGGGGAGGGUUACUCGCGUAGCGCUAAUGAACUAGAUUGAAUUUUUUGCGCGCUUUUGACAUUCCCGCGCGCGAUUUCUAGUUAAACGCAUUUUUAGUGUGCGCUUUUUUAGGCUCGGACUCUUUUCUGCUGUUAAAUAUUUUCUUGUGGAAGGCAUCUCGUCGCUUGCAAGUUAGAACUGCAAGAGCGACAAGAAAAAACACUUAAAUUUUUGGGUGCAGGAAAAAGGCACAUUACUAAGAGUCUAUUUGAUUAUAAUGCGGUCAAUAUGUGUGUUUAUAUGUGUGUUUGUCACUGAGCAUGAUAACUCAGAAACUAUCAAACGUAUGAACACAAAAAUUCGUGCGAGUAAUGAACAUUACCCAGAGACAGGUUGAUUGAAUUUUGGUUAACUUUGGAUGAGAAAUGAUAAGUCUUUAUUGACGUUGUGCUUUCCAAACCCUUUAUUGUAAUUAUGGAAGAUAAUGAACAGAACAAGCAAACUUUGCAGUCGAAACCGAAAUCGCAUUCCCUUUUCACAAACGGGUGAUCGCAUGGCAUGGAGAACAGCGAGAUUUUCAAAACAAUGAAAAGACAACGAAACAUUCUGAUCACUAGAUCGUGACUGGAUGACAUGGAGAACAGUGAGAUUUUCAAAACAAUGAAAAGACAAUGGAACAUUCUGAUCACUAGAUCGUGACUGGAUGACAUGUGAGAUUUUCAAAACAAUGAAAAGACAAUGGAACAUUCUGAUCACUAGAUCGUGACUGGAUGACAUGGAGAACAGUGAGAUUUUCAAAACAAUGAAAAGACAAUAGAAUAUUCUGAUCACUGGAUGGUCGCUCUGAUCACUGGAUGGUACCCAUUCGAUAGCCCCUCUCCUCGGAUAGUUAUUAUAUUGCAAAUUAAUUCCUCUAAGUAGUUUUCAAAUGGUCUAGAAAGUGGACCGCGAAUUCAAUUUAUCACAUUCAUUUUUUUCCGCAGGUGAGGAUAUCGAAGUUCACGAAUUUGAUAUGCGCUUUCCAAUGGCGCAAUCGGACGCCGUUGAGGGACAAGAGGACGCGCCAAUCAGAGAUCGAUCAGCUCUCUGGCCGGGGGGAGUGAUCCCUUAUGAAUUUGGAAACACUAUUGGUAAGACAAAAACACUAUUGGUAAGGUGAUAAUAGAUACCUUACCUGCUGGCUUAUUUUGCUUGAUACGGCUUGCCAAAUACAUGCAUUUCACAUUCUUCGUCAGAAUCGGUAUUGGUAUAAUCGAGUGCUCUGCCCUAAAAUUUCAAGAGUGGUCAGUGAGAUUCUGACUGGCUGACAAUAUCAUCAUGUUUGAGUGAUAGGCUAUAUACUGAACGAGAAAAUGUUCAUUUCUGCAUAUGUGUUGAAAACUAGACGAUAGCCGAGCUUUUCCACAUAUUUUGGGGCGUUUUAUACACCGAUAAUAAACACCUUUCGAGUUUGUUAUAUUACUUCUCAAACGGACAAAAACACUUUUUGUUAACGAUAGAUAACGAAAAAAUACUUUAUGAAUGUUGUGUAACUUGUGUUCAAGUGAGGCCAAAAGUAAAGUCCAACUUGGGCGGCAAAUUUAAAUAUAAAAACUAUAAACUUUUUAUAUUAUUAUAGUUUUUAUAUUAAAAUUUGCCGCCUAAGUUGGCCUUUACUUUCAACAGUAGCUUUUGGCCUCACUCGAACACAACGUUCAUAUAAUGCUACUGAAGGACAACUUUGUACGUAUAAUACUUUAUUCCCGAAUCUGUUUAGGAGGGCAACGAUGGUUUAAGAAGCUGAUUACAGGAGCGAUGAGCGAGUGGGAAGCUAAAACCUGCAUUAAAUUUCGUCGAAAGACAGUAUAUGAUAGAAAUUAUGUGCAUAUUCAUAUUGGAAAUGGGUAAGCCGAUAGAUAAACCAAAGAGAAAAAAAUAUUUUGUGUUGAAGUCAUUAGUUCCUUUGGUGCUCAUGAAACAAGUAAAUAUGCUAUGUUUCAAUCAUUCUGAUUACCAUCAUUACCACCAUCAUUAUUAACUACCAUCAUCAUCACUAUUAUCACCAUCACCACCAUCAUCAUAUCAUCACCAUCAUCACCGUGACCAUCAUUAUUAUAGCCAUCAUCACCAUCAUCAUUAUCACCACCAUCAUUAUCAUUACCAUCAUUAUUACCAUCAUUAUUACCAUCACCAUCAUUAUUACCAUCACCAUCAUUAUUACCAUCACCAUCAUUAUUACCAUCACCAUCAUUAUUACCAUCACCAUCAUUAUUACCAUCACCAUCAUUAUUACCAUCACCAUCAUUAUUACCAUCACCAUCAUUAUUACCAUCACCAUCAUUAUUACCAUUACCAUCAUUAUUACCAUCACCAUCACCAUCAUUAUUACCAUCACCAUCAUUAUUACCAUCACCAUCACCAUCAUUAUUACCAUCACCAUCAUUAUUACCAUCACCAUCACCAUCAUUAUUACCAUCACCAUCAUCAUCAUUUUUAUCAUCAUCAUCAUCAUUACCAUCACCAUCAUUAUUACCAUCACCAUCAUUAUUACCAUCACCAUCAUUAUUACCAUCACCAUCAUUAUUACCAUCACCAUGACCACCACCACCACCCUCAUCACCAUCACCCUCACCCUCAUAAUCACCAUCACCAUAUCGUCACCAUAUCAUCACCAUAUAAUCACCACCUAUUCACAUUUCUAUUUUACAAUUGAAAUAUUCAUUGUAGAUGUAAUUCAGACGUAGGGAUGGUCGGAGGACGACAAACUAUCUCGCUGGGUAACGGCUGUGCACAUCACAGCGUAGUACUUCAUGAACUCGGCCAUGUAGUCGGCUUCUGGCACGAACAAAAUCGCCCCGACAGAGACAGCUAUGUCAGGAUUGUGACGAAGAAUAUUAUCCCGAGUAAGUGA